AUGGUCAUAGAUGUAGUGUGCUACCUUUCUCAAAAACCGUGUGGUGUUCGCAAGAAGACUGGGAUGGCUUACGGCAUUGCCGUGCUCCGCGGCACUGCGUUGCCAUCAAACAUAAAUAUGAUUUCCACAUCUACCUAUUGCCUAUUUUUAUCAUCAGAUGGUCAUAGAUGCAGUGUGCUGCCUUUUCUAAAACAGUGUGGUGUUGGCAAGAAGACUGGGAUGGCUUACGGCAUUGCCGUGCUCCACGGCACUGCGUAG